AAGACCAUCACAGCGGAGCAGACUCCCUCCUAACAGCUCUCACACAGGACUGCAGCAGGACUUUAAACAUGUUCAGGAUGAACAGAAAUCCACAGGAGGAAAUUGAGGAACUCAAGGAAGAAGAAGAUGACUAUGUUAAUGUACAAUCCUGGACUGUGGAUAAAGUGACAGCUCGUCAAAACCAGAGGUUUCGCUGCUUCUCUCAGUCUUUUCCACUGAUAGCAGUGGGUUGGUUGAUACUGUUGGUCAUCAUGGGCCUCUGUAUCUACUUUGCUACAUUAAGUCAUGAGAGGGAAAGUGAGCUGAUGGCAGCCAAUCGCAACCUGACAAACCUCAACGACAAACUCAGCGUCUUAGAAAACCGGAUCACAAACCUGACUGCAGUAAACCAGGAGCUGGAGACGGAGAGGAACAAUGUUAUAAGACCAAUACAAAUCAUGGAGGCAAACUGGAACAAACUCAACGCCAGUCGAGUUAAGUGGACUAUUGAUGUCUACUGCCACAACGGGAGACAGUGUAAAGCUUGUGAGCAGGGCUGGGAACUCUUCCAGUCCAGCUGCUAUCUGGUUAAUCCUUCUUAUGGGAAAACCUGGGAAGAAGCUCGAGAAGUCUGCAGAAGACAGAGUUCAGAUUUGGUUGUUGUACAUGAUGAAGAUGAACAGAAUGUACAGAAUUAUUCCAGAAGGCACAUAUACGGGUACUGGAUUGGCCUGAGAGCUGAAGGAGGGAGAUGGAAGUGGAUCGAUGGAAGUGAUCUGACUCAAAGCGACUGGAUACAAGACCAACAACCACCGCCUACUGACGGUCAGUGUGCACUUUCUGUCAGGUCCAGAUGGAAAUCAGAGAGCUGUGCUGAGAGAAACACAUGGAUCUGCAAAAAGAAGGCUUUAUCUUUUUAA